AAGGAGGUCAAGAUUAUCUUUACCAACAACUACUAUCAAAAAAAAAUAAAUUUCCCGAAUGUUCGGCGAAGUCUAUUGAAAAAGGAGGAUUCCACUGUUGCUUUAAAAAUUUCUUUACGUAAAAAUAAUGAAGAAAUAAACCGUUUGUUUAUUAAAGAG